UAUUAUGAGUGGGAUAUUAAGUAUAAAUACAAUUAGGAGCUAUAAAAUAACAAGUCUUUUAACAAAUUCUUUGACACAAGUAUUUACCGUCCAUACAAUCACUAAUAACUUUUUAAACAAAUUUUCUUUGACAUAAGUAUUUACCGUCCAUAUAAUCACUAAUGACUUUGUCUCCCGAAGCGAUUAUCUCCAUUGUUGGGGUAUUAAUAAACAUACCUCCAAUCCUCCUUAUUAUUUGGACUAUGUGGGUUAGAAGAAGGCGGGCGGGAAGGUCUACUUCAUCGUCAGGUGUAUUACUAGGGGAAGAUAUCGAGUUGAGACGAGUCGAGCAAACAAGAGAUCCUCACCCACCGAUCGUCAACGUCGUCUUCCACUAGAUGAUUUCGCAGCACAACUUACCUACCGUUUAAGAUGAUGGCGCUGCUCUAUGGAAGGGUACCUGGUUUACGUCGUAGAUCAGAUUUGGAUUUCGGAUUGGUUUAAUUGGGCGGAAUUGGGGUUAGGUGUUGGAGUUAGGAGCAGUGGGGUUACGUGGAACUAACUAGGUUAAACUAGUUACUAACAUGUUCAGCCCUAUGUAGCUAAGUUAGUACAUACAUAGUAGUAGAGUAUGCUAUGAAAGACAUAAAGUUUGGCAUGUCUA